GAAUUCAUUUUAAUACACGACGCCCAUUUUGUCUUUGACAAAACAUCCGAAAAUGUUGUCGAAGAGAGGUUUCGCUUUGAAGUUCUGUCUAUCAAGCUUGACCAUGGCUAAGUCCGCAACCGCCGCUGCUUUGAGUAGCGGAGGUGCAGCGGCGGUGGUUGGCGAACCAGCUGCAACGACCGAGAAAUAUGAAUUUCCGGUUCUGGAAGUGCAAGACGCCACCAGUUUGGCAAAGCUGCUUGUGAAGGGCGGCCCGAUGAAGGGCGGAAAGGGAUUGGUGGGCUUGAAGGGAGAAGGUACAACUAAGUACAGUGAAAGUGAAAGCAAAAAUUUGUAUUAGGAGCACGAUCGUCGACGAAAAGUCGGCGUGGUGACGACGUUCAAGUUUAAGUGUGAGAAAAAACCACGCACAAAAAACUUCCACAGGUCUUCGCAAGCGUUUCCCGUUCCAGGUCAAGGAGCCGCUGGUUUACAGCACAAAGACGAUCACAUAUCCAAGUUGGAAAAGCACGACGACCAUCCCAUCCCCGAGCCAUACCCAAAGCAAAAUUUCAUAUUUGGAAGGUUUGCAUUCAGACGAUAAGAUAUGCGACCACUGUGUCAGGUCUUCUACACUACUACAUCAACGGGAACUAAAAGUUUUAUUUUACGUUUAUCUCCAGCCGCUUGUACUAGUACCUGUGGUGUUCGUGUUUGUUGCAUUUUGAUACGCAGCAGCCCCCCGCCGCCUCCAUUGCUUCUCUUGCAAGCUCUCUUUGCGGCGGCGGAUUGUUGUGUGGGGGCCUGGUGGGAGGAGGUGGUGGCGUUUUUCAAGGUGAUCUCGCUUCCGAGGCGAUAGAAUCGUUUAGCCUGACUUUCCUGGAGGGCAUCAGCUGGAUCCAGCAGGAAAUCGGCAUCAUGCUGAACUAUCGCAUGCUGUUAGAGCAGCCGAAUAUGGCGGAGGCCUUCGGCGAAGACCCUUCGAGCAGCAUUUGGGCCAUGAUCGUCCCUCCGGGGGAGCAGGCCGAGGGCCAGAAGGUUGCCGAUAACAAGUGGAGCAUCGAUGUGCGCUGGUUUCCUUUUCCGGAUGAGAACGAGGGGGAGAUGCAGAAAAAGCGCAUUGCCGAACUGAGGGAAUUGAUGGAAGUCCGCGUGCAGAGGUAUCCUUGAUACGGAGUUUUGUUGAUACUAGUUUAGUUUGAAAUUCAAACAUCACAAACGUUCCUCCCUCGGCAACAUGCGUGGUCUUGUUCACGACAAAAACCAAAACUGUAUCGUUUUGCAUGCAUCUACUACUGCCUUCAUGUGAACAACUCAAAUCAAAACGCAGCGGCUUGACCACGUUGAAGCAGAAAACUUUCGCAGAAGACUCCGUCCCGGCUUUGUUGCAAAAGUCGCUCCUCGAAAAGCUUUCGAACUACAGCAAGGAACAGGCGAAGCUUUUCAACAAACAAGUCCCCACCGGAGAGCCCACGUUUCACUUGCACGAACUGAUGCCGAUCUACUUGCGAGCCUCGCACACGUUCGCAAAGGACGUGCUGAAGGCACUGCAGCUCGAGGUCACCAGCAUGUUGGACACCAUGAAGGCCCGUCUGCUGGACAUGAAGACCAACUGGAGUAACGCGCAAUUGGUCCAGCAGCUUUUGCCGGACUCGGCGGAGGAAGAAACGCAAGGGUCCCAGGAGCUUGCAGAGGCGGAGUGGAGAAAAAACAUCGUCGAAUACAUGAUCGACAUUACGGCUCCUACAACCGCUAGCGGUGGUGUCGCCCAAAAUGGCCGAAAUAACUCUUCGUUUCUGCAGCCGACGAACAAGGUCGAGGAGGUGAUUUUCUCGCAACUAGCCAAGUCCAUGAAGAAAGACAUCGACGAGCAGCUGCGGUACUUGGCGGAGGUCAGGCUCUUCGAUUUCGAAAAUGACCAGCAGUCGGGCUACAGUCGAAACUUGUGGUAUAAAUAGCGGACAUAAUAAUUGAUGUACCUCUUGUACUAUCGGAUUUGAGGAGUAGAGUCUGCGGAAAUAAAUGCAUCGAGUGCAUGAAAUAAUCGCCAAAAAGAUGACCACGCGGAAGAUCAUCUACUUCGUGCAAAAAUCUUUUGUGCAGUAUUUGUGUAAAACUAAAAGUACGAAAAACUACUAUGCAUGAGGAUGAACUAUCAAGACGAGAUGAAGAACAACCAAUCUUCUGCUAUGCUCAGGUACCCGGGACGGCGCGACCAGUUUCCCACCGCACCCGUGACGUCCGCGGCUCUCGCGCAGGCGGCCAGCGCGGAGAACGACAGCGAGUCGGACCAGGAGGACGAGCAAACGCAAAAGCUGUGGGCGGGGUCGCACACGGACAUCUGCGCCAUGACCUUGAUCCCGGCGCCGAACGACGAGGGGCUGGAACUGUUCACCGGGGAUUUGGAAAUCAAGGAAAGGCCGAACGAGAUGAAGAAGUCCGCGAAGAAGCAGUGGGCGAAAAUCAAGGGAGACAAGAACAUCGACAUGUUUUUGUUUCUGUCCGAUUUUCUCGAGGCCAACACGUCGUUCAACCUGAUCAUCCGGAACGAAAUCACGAACCAGCCGAAAUCGACCGCGAUUCUGAAGUCCAUGUGGCACCGCGUGAUGAUGACGCGCAAGCAGAUGGUGACCGGGAACGGACGGGUGUCCACCCCGAUCUUCUACAACACCAAGUUCGGCACCUACGUGUCCAAGCACUACCCCCGUGCCGAGUGGUUCUUCAACGCAAGGAUGCACAACACCGCCGGAAAGUCCUCCGGCAUGGACUUUUCGGUCCGCCCCGACUUCGUAUGCAUUGCAAAUAUGUCGGGGUGUGGAAAGUUGUGAUGCAAGUCAGCGAACAAAUGGCAGACUGUAAUGCACCGCCAAGCAUGACAGGUUUUUUCGUGGCUCUGUGUUACGUAUCCCGCAUGAGCAACUGCAUUUUUGAAUGACAGGCAAGAGAGCUGUUCGCGGCCACGCCAUACAGAGCUCAGAGUCAUGCCGGAACAGCAUGACAAAUCUUGCGCUCUUCCAGAUCCAGACAUAUUUUUUGCACUGGAUACUUCGACGGCACCAACAACGUUUUCGUCACGGUCGAGGAGAUAUCAGAAGGAAAAAUCCGCCCUCCCCAUAUCGAAACGAAGUUUCUGAUGCUGGAUUUCCGUACACAAAUCAGAUUUGUCUUGCAGUAGAGGACUGCAGGCAUAUGUCAAGCCUCGGCCGAGGGGUUUUGACGUAGCCGCCUAGCAUGACAAACGUGUAUGCUCUAAGCCCAACAGCAUCACAAACCGCCUGCAAAAUGCAGGGGGCUCUCUGGACUUGCCUGCUUGCAAGACAGACAAGCUUUGAGGUCACGAAUGUGCAUCACAAAUUUUCAGACGGAUGCGGUUUCAAUAUGGGGAGUGGGGAUUUUUCUUUACGAUAGGAGAUCGGCCGCAUGUUGGCGGCCAACCCGAGCGUGGAACAGCAGCGGGCAGCUUUGCUGAAGAAGGGGCACUACACUAAGGAGGAAGUGGAACAGAAAUUGCGCGAGACCGGCAUGCAGCAGUCCGGCCGGGAGAGGUUGCUGGAACUGCAGAAGAUUUGGAGCGGGCAACAGGGGAAGCGAUUAGUCAAGAAGGGGGACGCCAAGACCAAAGAGUUGGACGUGUUCGAGAACGCAUGGGAUAAAGAGUCGGACAAGCGGAAUGUGCGACUGCAGGAGCUGAUGCGCGAGCGGUAUUUGUGGGACCAGGAACGGUUUCUGAACCCGGAAAAAUUCACCGAAGAGGUGGAAAAACCAAAAUUGGAGGCACUCACGGAACAGGUUAAAAACGCGAAGGCGGGGGCACAGUGAGAGAAGAAAGAUAUUUUGAUAUAAUGUUUUUUGAUACGCACCAUCUCGAGCUCGUCGCCCUCGGCUGAGGCUGGUGGUAGAUCUAGAUAGCGGUGUCUGUGCAACGAGGACAAACCAACGAUAUAGUGCUCAACCUGCACAAAGGCGGUCGCUGACUAGGCAGUAGCGCUAGCGAUCUACCACGUUCAUGGAAAGUCUGGACGCAAGACUUUUCAGAACCCGGGCGCGGUCGUGAUAGAUGUUUGCGAAAAUUAUAGCGGGAUAUUUUUUUCCAGCAGUUUGCAACAAACUAACGACAGACUUAUCGUCUUCUGCACACUAGCACAUGGCGCGUUGUUCACUAGAAAUACUUUUGACAGUUUUGAAUCAUGCAUUUGUUUUUUGAAAACAAGAAAAGCGAACAUAGUCUCAAUCUUGCUUGCUUGUCGUAGAAAGAGAAACAAAGAUAGCAAAGCACCAGAUACGUACACACCUAACGAGGAAUAUUAGAGAAGGGGCAAACAGAAAGAACAUGCACUUUGUCGAAAGCACGACCUGAAUCGCAGACAGGCAGAUACAAAUCUGAUGAUAUUUUCACGCGCAGAAGAUGAACUUUCCUAGUUUUAUCCUGACACCCGAACUGGUAAGUCACAGG